AUGCCUCCUCGGAAAAAUGCGCGCAAGAACGCGUUUGCCGCUGCUGCAGUCGGCGGCGGCGACCACAUCGGUAGCCUCCCGGACGGCGUGCUGCAGCACAUGCUCUCCUUCCUACCGGCGCAGGACGCCGUGCGGACAUGUGUGCUCGCCAAGCGUUGGCGCCACAUGUGGAAGUCCACCACUGUCCUGCGCUUCGUGUGCGGCGGAAUGAACGAACCAAAGUCCAUGAAGGAGAUUCAGGAUUUCGUGGACCAACUGCUACGCCUGCGAAUCUGCGGAGGGACGCCGCUCGAUACGUGCGAGUUCCGUCUCGGCAAGUAUGAUGAGUUCGACAUGAGUCGCAUGGUUCUUUGGAUCCGUAUAGCUCUCCAGUGCAAAGUCCAGGUGCUCCAGCUCAUCUGUUUGGGCAAUCAUCCGGGCAUUGGUUCUCUCGAUGGCCAUCCUUUCUUCAUCUCCCAAUACCUGAAAAAGCUAGAGCUUAAUGGAAUCUACUUCGGUAUGGAUGACAGAUUUCUUGACUUCUCCUGCUGCCCAGUUUUGGAAGACCUUGAGAUUGUUGACUGCUACCUAGGGUAUGCCUUACUCAUCUCGUCACAAUCCCUAAAGCGUCUAACCAUUGAGAUUGGUGAUUUUGGUGAUGACGACCGCCUGCCUAUCUGUGCCCCGAAUCUUGUUUCACUAUGGCUUGAAGUCAGUGACGGCAGGAUUCCAUCGCUUGAGAGGAUGCCAUCCUUACUAGUACCAUAUGUUAAAAUUGACACCGAUUUUGAUUGCAAUUUUAAUUCUGAUUCUGAUGAUGAUGAAGGCGACGACAACAACCAAAGUAUUCUCUUGCAAGGUUUAUCAGAAGUUCGGAACUUGGUGCUAAUAUCUUGUUACCUCGAAAUGUUUAUUUUCAGAAGGGACUUGAGAUUUUGCUCUAGUUUCAACAAGUUGAAGUCUUUGCUUGUUGAUGAAUACUGGUGCCAGCCUGCUGAUUUCAGCGCCCUAGCUUGCCUCCUCAAACUUUCACCGGUGUUAGAGAAACUUACUCUUCAACUAUAUUCAAAGGGACCUAAACAUAAAGUGGAGAUUAAACUAAGCUGCAAACCAAUGGAGAUAUCAGCUGAAAUAUCACGACACUUUAAGACACUUGAAGUCAAAUGUGAAGUGUAUGACGAGAGAAUUAGCAAUGUUUUGACGUUUCUUAGUGAGAAACUUAACAUAUUAUGGUUCCAAUUAUAUGAAUGGAAGUGUCUGGAUUUGUAG